AUGGACCCGGCCGAGAAAAGACGUUUCCUUCAAGAGCUCGCCAUCUUCACGGGAAAUUAUUGCGAUGAUAACCUUCUUCAAUUGGUUAUUGCCCCCUUUGCUGUCUGCACCAAUCUUUUCGUUCUCUGGGUAGUAGUCAUAUCCGGCUACGUUGUCGCAACCUAUGUCGCACAGGCGUAUGUUCUUGCUCAGAUAUUCUCUUCUCCGCCGUAUUCCUUGUCUGCCGCAGGUAUCGGAUAUCUCUUCCUAGGUCCUUUCACUGGAGGUCUCAUUGGUCUUCUUGUCUUUGGCACGAUUGCCAAUCGAACGACCAAGUGGUGUUCCGCAAAAAAUGGCGGCAUCUACGAACCAGAGUUCCGCUUACUCCCUACUGCAAGCUACUAUGCCACAGCGGUGAUGCCCGGAAUCACCGUUUUCGGCAUUGCGGCUGUCGCAAUUGGCUCAGCGGGGUAUGCCUUGGACGCUUUUCGAGACAUGAGCAGUGAGAUCUUUGUCAGUGCGAUUAUUUUCAAAACUUCCUCUUCUAUGGCUUUAGCUACUUCGUAA